AGCCAGUGUGGUCACUGCCAAGGGCUCUGGCAGCUGUACCUUUAACAUAUAUCAAGCUAUUCCUGGAACUUGGUUGCUUCAUUUUAACUGGCUAGUUAUUUAGGACUGGAAGCUGCAGAUAAAAACAAGCCCCACCCUUGAGACUCUGCGACUGACUUUCUCUUCUCCUCUGACUUUGCUGUUUUCUGCCCUCCAGCUAACAUGGAAGCAACAUGCCUAGUUGUCCUGCUCAGGUUAUGCGUCCAGAUAUUAGCCUUUCCUGCUUACUUGCUGUGGUAUCUGGGUAUCUGGGAACCCCUUUGCAAGAAGUUAUUCCCCUACUUCAUGGCUGUGGUGACCAUCUGUUAUAAUAAGCACAUGUCUGACAAGAAAAAGGAAAUGUUCAGCAACCUGAAGGACUUUGCCAGUCCCACCGGGGCCCUCACACUGUUGGAGAUUGGUGCGGGAACUGGCUCCAACUUUCAGUUCUACCCUGCGGGAUGCAAAAUCAUAUGCACUGAUCCGAACCCCAACUUCCAGAAGUUUCUUGACAAGAGCCUGGCUGAAAAUCCACACGUGCAGGUGGAACGCUGUUUGGUGGCUCCGGCUGAGGACCUGCACCAGGUACCAGAUGCAUCGGUGGAUGUGGUGGUUUCAACGCUGGUGCUAUGCUCUGUGAAGAGCCCAGAGCAAGUUAUGAAAGAAGUCCUACGGGUGCUGAGACCGGGUGGCGCUUUCUACUUCCUAGAACACGUUGCAGGUGCUCCUUCCAGCUGGACUCUUUUCUGGCAGCAGAUCUAUGAUCCAACUUGGAUAUGUCUGUUUGACGGGUGCCACUUGGCCAGAGAAACCUGGAACGACCUGGAAAAAGCUGGCUUCUCAGAGCUGAAGCUACGGCACAUACAUGCUCCUUUAAAAUGGCACCCUACUAGGCCGCAUAUCAUAGGUUAUGCUGUAAAGUAGCUUGGAAAUAAAUUUCUGAACAAGAUCUC